UUUCCUCCCCCCGUGUUAAAGCGGAUACAGGCUGUCCUCCUCCGCCUCUCUCGGUCUCCCUGCUAGACUGAAGCUGUCCCGAACCUCAGACCGGAUGAUGCGGGUUUCGGUGCUCCGGCUGGCCGCAGCGCUGGCUCUGUUUGCCGCAGUGUGCGGCUCUCGGGCGGAGGUGAUCGAUGACAUCCUGAGCAGCCUCUCCCGCGGAGUGUCCUUCCUGGAGCGGCAGCAUGAGCACAUCAACCUGGACGGAGUGGUGGGGUUCGUCAUACUGCAGGCUGAGCUGAAGGAGGCGGUCCGGACGUGGCCUCACACCGACCCGGUCAGCUGGGCUCAGAGAACCACCGCCGUCGCUCUGGUCAGACGUCUCGACCAAAGUCUGGAGAAGGCUAACGCUGCACUGGAACAGGACGACCCAAAAUACUACAGAGAGUUCGAGCCCCUGUUGUCGUGGAGUUUCUGGCUGAUUCCUCAGGAAUGGUACACCACAGAUCCCAGCCUGGUUUAUCCCUCCACCAUGACAACUGAGUGUUACGACGAGCAGCUCAGUGACAAAUGUCUGACCCUGCUGCUGGGAACCUGGAAGAUGAAUGGGACGCCAUGCAUCGUCACCAAGCCCUGCCGGGACACCAUGACUCGUUUUGGGUGUCCACACUACUCUCUGUCCCACCAGCUUCUCUACUUCAUGAUCGGAAAAAUGAAAGGCUGCACUAAUCUGCUGAAAGGUGACACACGAGCAUCCAGAGCAAACAUGACUGAACAGAACUACCAGAGGAUCUUCUGCUCCAACAUGAUGAAGACCAACCAGGACAUCAAAAACGGUCUGACUGAACAGAUGGUCGACAUCUUCAUCGAAAACAUCCUGAUUUGUGGACUGUCUGGAUUCUCUGACUUCCACAAAGCCGACUGGCUGCAGCACAUUCUGAGGCUGCAGGACGAGGAGGUGGGCUGCUUUGGGAGAGACAAGAGCAUCAUCUCACAGAUCAUUGGAGACGAGCUGCUGGAACAGCUGCAGCCUCACAGGAGAGUGAAGAGGAGGGAGAAGAUACUUCCAGACGGCUGUUCCAGUCACAUGACGGCGGUGGCGGUCGGUGCUCUGGGAGGAUACCUGAACUACUACCUGACAGAACAGGACAUUACGAAGAGGCCGCUCUCCUGAGGGGCGCACACACGAGACAAAACACUGUAGAUCAUCAGGUAGAGACUUUCGUCAUUGGUGAAAUGAGGCAGACUCUCCACACCACAUGUUGCUUUAAGAACGUAGUGUUAACAUGAUGAAAACGCCUAAUGCAAAGCUGGGAUGUGGAAACUAAAGCUUUAUUUUCAGUCAUGUUGGAUUUUGUGACUAUAACAAUAAAGCUGAUUUUUUACUAUUAUUAUUAUCAAACCUAAACAGUAGUGAUGCUCCAAUCAUAAAAAAGGAUGGCGUACUCGAUGAGUAGGACCAUGGUAAAAUGUAAAUGAGGGUUUUGGAGGAUGAGAUUUGGAUUCAUUAGACUUUUCAAGGUCAUCACAAAAUAUUUUCUGGCUCCAGGGGUUAAAGUGGGCCACGGGGAUCCUGAAAGCCCACCUCCAGUUAAUGAGUGAUUACAUCUGAUCGGCAGCUUUUAAUAUCAAGUGAGUUCAUUUUUAAUGCAGAUCGGCUUUGCUUCCAGCUGCUCCCACCUCAACCGAUCAGAAGGUGACACACGGCUGCGAGCGCUCUGAGCCUUCAAUCCUUCCAUUUGUGUCAGAGUUCAUGCACACAAUAGGACUGGAAUCUUAAUACUUCAGCAUUUAGCCAUCACUACAGGAGGGGAGUCCACAGAAAGUGCUGUCUGAAAUUUACAGUGCUGAUAUUGUAAGUCCCACACUGAGCUGUAACGGUGACGAGGGCAGAGCUGGUCCCGAUGUUUUCAGCUGAGAGCACAGCAGGAAAAAAAUGCUUUGUCUUUAUGUUUUAUGUUCAGAGUUUGGGAACUGAAAAUACACAGCUAAAAGUUUUUAUACAAAAGAGCCCAAAGGUUUGCCCUGAGUUAUGAAGUGGUGAGUUUAAUUAUUUUUUUGCAUUGAAUUAAUUUAAUUCAAUGCAGUUUUAUAUAUAUAAAUUUAUAGGGCCAAAUCACAACAAGAGGCGCUUUAUAUUGUACGGUAAAGACCCAGGAAAUAUACCCCUCCACCAGCCAAAUCCCACUCUAACCCCUGUGCAUCAGCGACAUUGUGGCCACAAAACAGUGUUUUUUCUUUGCUGUAGCCUCUUUAGGAGAAACUUGUAGUUGCAGUGAGUGAAAAACACAGAGGACGCAGCGUGGUGUGGUCAGAGAUUCGAGGAUCUUUGAUGUUCGAAUCUGCAGGAUGUUUUUUAAAGUCUAUAUAAAGCUAAAAACGCUGAUUGGAGCAUCUCUAUUUAAAUCACAUAUUUACAUUUACUUUAAGAAAAAACAUCAGAGUCCGCCCAGGUUGUUUUCCUGGUGGAAAGCUUGAGAUUUAGUUCUAAAAAUAUCUUUAUUUACUUUAAAUCAUAUUGUUUUUCACACGUAUUUAAUCGACAAACAGAGUCGGGAGCACCGGCUGCAGAGGACCUGCAUGAACCCAAUGCAUGGAGAUGAACUUACAUUACUGUCAUCAUGUAUGUUUAUGUUAGUGAAAUAAACAUAACCAAUAAAACUAAGGUCUGUUCUACAAACCGUUGUGUUCAUAGUGAUGAUAAA